AGGAAGAAUAUCAGAAAAAGGGCACUGGUCUCUUUGAGUUAGCACUUUGGAACCCUCUCAUCCUGAAAUGUAGAUCAGAGUAGGAACUAUACUCAGUUAGCUAAGAGGUCCCUAGACCUUGGAGCUGGGCUUUCUGCCAUUAAGGGGAUAGUAGGCACACCAGACAUGGUGGUGCACUCAGGAGGCAGAGUCAGAGGCAGGUGGUUCUCUGUGAGUUCAAGGCCAGCCUGGUGUACAAAGUUCCAGGACAGCCAGGCUACAGAGAGAAACCCUGUCUUGAAUAAACAAAGUGGGGAGGGAUUAGGAGACAAGGAGCUGCCUUGGGAAUGAACACAGGAGGAAGCAUCCCCUAUUACGGAACCUAGUGGUAAGCUGGGCACUUAAACCCAGUAGGUCCCUGUCUUCUCACGGGAAGGUUGCACAACAGUGAGUGAUCAUCCUUCCAGGAAAUGUCUUUGAAUGACAUCAAGCACAAGGCAGGAUUUACUCAAAUAGUGCUGUGGCAGAACUCUUCUGGAGGCCUUCCAGCUUUCAGGGUUGGUUGUGGGGUGGGUACCUCUCUGUGGAACCCUGCAUUUUCCCUUCUGAUUGGCUGGGCAGAAGACAGUGGGAGGUCCUUUGAGGUGGGGUUCACUUUUACUGCCUAUAAGAGGAGGUGACCAGGUUUCUAGGUGCUGGGGGGGGCUGAAAAGGGUGUUCUAAUGGACACCUUAUCAGCAAGUGCCAGGCAAGAACAGGCCUUGAGUUAGUCCUGUUAUUAGCCCCAGAGUCCACAGGACACUUGGGUUAAUGUGUAACCACAGAGCUUCCCCUCUGCCCUCUGAAGCCACUCAGUAUGGAUGCUAGAAAAGAGGGGCUGCCUCUGAAGACAUUCUUCCCAGACCAAGAGACAUGAAUGAAAAGGUUACCAAGCACCCACAGGUCCGCAGGUGGCUGGUCCCCUUCAUCCUUGCCUGCUCCCUCUACUUCCUCCUCUGGAUUCCUGAGGACCAGCCGUCCUGGGUCAGUGCCCUGGUCAAGUGCCAGCCCAUUCUUUGCCUGCUUGUGUUCCUGUGGGCUGUGGGCCCUGGUGGGAGCUACACCUGGCUUCUCCAGGGAGCGCUUGUGUGUUCUGCUGUGGGAGAUGCCUGCCUCAUCUGGCCUGAAGCUUUCCUUUAUGGCAUGGCUGCCUUCUCUGCUGCCCAUUUAUUCUACCUCUGGGCUUUUGGCCUGUCUCCCCUGAAGCCUGGAUUGCUGCUGUUUACCACCCUGGCCUCUCUCAUAUAUGACAUCUUCCUUCUACCACACCUUGAACUGAACAUGGCCCUGCCUGUGUUGGCCUAUGGGCUGAUCCUGAACUCCAUGCUGUGGCGUAGCCUUGUCUGGGGUGGGAGUGUUGGCUGGGGUGCUGUGCUCUUUACUGUUUCCGAUGGGGUAUUGGCCUGGAACACUUUCGUCCACUCCUUGCCUUUUGCCCGCAUAGUGAUCAUGAGCACCUACUAUGCAGCCCAGCUCCUUUUCACCCUGUCAGCCAUCAGGCACCCAGGGCUCAAAACCCACUAAUGCAGGACCCAGUAUCCCCUCCCAUAAAGACAGCUUUUCCACAGUAACCCAGCCUGGGAAUGUGCUUGCAGAUUCGAAGCCAUCUUGAAACAUCUGUAUACUGUGGGCAGAAUUCAGAUCUACUACUGAGAUCCAAGUUGCUUUCCCUGGCUUCUUGAUUGUGGAUUCCAGUCCCCUCAACCCAACCCUCCCCAUGUCUGCUUUCUUUUCCCAGUCACCUCCUAUCCACCUACCCUUUCACACUGCUCCAAAUCUGAUUCAAGCUGCAUAAGUAAAAGGAGUGUUGGAA